AGCAGUGCAAGAGCAACAGCAACACGGAAAAAAAAAGGCUACGAAUAAAACCAUCGAUUUGGGUCGUUCGAUACUCUGCCAUCAUGUUUAACUCAGCGCGAUUGUUUGUACUCUCCGCGCUGUACUACUUUGGCUUCACUUACGCCGCUUAUACUGCGCUGAAGCAGCGCGUCGCCUUCGUGGAGGUCGCCGAGCCCACCGGGCUGUCAUCCAACGGGCAGGCACCGCACCGAAACCCCACCGUGCGGAUUGGCAUCCCCGCUCUCAAACUCAUGAUUAUGCUCACCUCCAUGGCUCUGUUGUCUGUUGUCGGCGCGGAGUGGUUUCCCCUUUUCACGGAGAUGCGCGUCAUCUUCAUGUACACGCUGCUCUUCUCCCCGCCGUUCACACAACACGAGAUGUACGAUCAACUCUUUGCCCCGCUGCUGAUUCGCGGUGGCACGUUCGUUCUUUCGUUGCAGACCAGCAAUUUUCUCUCUCGCAAGGUGCCGCUCUUCGUUGUGCGCUGCUGCGUGGACGUCGGCAUCGCCGCGAUGAACUACGCGCAGCGCCGCCACGCCGUUGACGAGGACGCGGUGCGGGAUGUCGUGAGCGGGCUGGUGUUUAGCAAACGCGCGCUGCACCAGGUGGCGGACCUUUCGCGGGAGGCGGACGGCGCGACGUACGCGGAGAUUGCCCGGGAGAGCAACUUCGCGGUCGGCGUCUUUACCUCGCGGGUGAAGCGGGCGCUGUUGAAUGAGCAUGCGGCGGACGAGGUCGACGGCGGGGUCCCGACGGGGCGUGUGGUGUGGAAUGUGGACUCACUGUUUUCACAGGGUAUUCCGGUAGUCACAGCCUCCUCCGCUACGUUUUCUGCUGACCCUCCCGUGUCCGGAGGAGGUGCGGAUGGGUUGGUGGAUAGUAAUUACCGUGAGCGAGACUUUCAAGGCUCCAGAGAGGCGGAGGCUCACAGAGACGGCCGCUCUCGUCGUGACAAAUCGAAGAAACAUAAACUGUUUGGUCUCUUUUGA